AUGGCAGUCAUCUCUGAAUCAAUAUCAUUUGUAUCGCAGCAUGUCGGGGGUGUCCUUUUCCUUCUCGCUGCGCUCUAUCUGGCUUCCAAUUACCUCACUCCAGGGGUAUGCACCGUGCCGGGGCCCUUCCUAGCAAAAUUUACCAAUCUGUGGAGGUUCCUUGACGUCGCAAAUGGCCAUGCUGAGGCCACUUUGUACAAAUUACAUCAGAAGCACGGGGACUAUGUACGACUGGGACCAAAUGUAGUGAGCGUACGAGACUUGGAUGCGUUGAAAGCUAUAUAUGGUAUCAACAAGGGGUAUCGGAAGACGAAUUUCUACCAUGUGCAGCAGCAGUUGGCCAAGGGAAAGCCGACUCCCACGCUCUUUACCACAACUGAUGAAGACUUCCAUGCGGCUAUCAAACGGCCUAUAUCAGGUGCAUACUCGAUGAGUACCCUGACCGAGUUUGAGCCCUUUGUCGACAAGACAAUUCAAACUCUGUUCAAGAAACUUGACGAGUUUGUGGACGGGAACGAGAUUUGUGAUAUUGCGGUCUGGUUGCAAUACUAUGCAUUCGAUGUGAUCGGGGAAUUGACGUUCAGCAAGCCUCUCGGGUUCUUAGAGGAAGGCGCCGAUGUUGACGGCAUUAUUGCGGCUCUUGAGAAUAUGCUAGACUACUCGGGGAAGAUUGGCCAAAUGCCGUGGCUUGAUUAUAUUUUUAUCAAGAACCCCCUGAGACAGCUCAUUCAGGGAGGUUCAACAGGUGCCGUGGCUCGGUUUGCGCGGGCUCGCCUGGAUGAAAGGUUGACGCACUCAAGGUCGACCGCGAAGAAGGCUGAAGACCCCAGCAAGUCACACAGGGAUUUCCUCUCGCGUUUCCUAGAGGCAAAGAAGGAAUACCCAGAUAUUGUGACCGAUAACCAGGUCUUCUCAUAUACCGUGAGCAAUAUGAAUGCCGGCUCCGAUACCACAGCCAUCUCGCUGAGAGCCAUUCUUUACUACACCCUCAAAAACCCAAGGGUCAUGGCGAAGCUAAAUGAAGAAUUCACCACAGCUUAUCAAGAAGGCAGGAUCACCUUGCCCGUAUCUUGGAAGCAAAGUCAAGAAGAGCUACCCUAUCUCGACGCAGUGAUCAAGGAAGCACUCCGCCUCCAUCCCGCUGUCGGACUACUUCUCGAACGAAUCGUCCCCACCGGUGGACUCCAGCUUCCCAACGGUGGGCCAUUUUUGCCGGCCGGCACCAUUGUCGGCGCUAACCCCUGGAUUAUCCACCGUCACUCCAUCUUCGGAGUGGAAGUUGACUCCUUUGUGCCGGAACGUUGGCUGCAGGCAGAUGGCGAGUCUGAAACGACCUUUCACACGCGGAGGCAACAGAUGCUCCGAGCAACGUUCACUUUUGGAGCUGGACCGCGGACGUGCAUUGGGAAGAACAUUAGUCUGUUAGAAAUUUACAAGCUGGUUCCUUCUCUAUUUCUGACAUAUAAGAUCGAGCUUGAGCAUCCGGACAAGGAUUGGCAGACUGUCAAUGCGUGGUUUGUGCGUCAAAAGAAUAUGGACGUCAGGUUGGCUCGCUAUAGUUUUCCAUAG